GUCGGUCGGGGAUUCCCAUGACUCAUAAAACGAAAAAAGAUUGUUGUACCCGAACUCUAAUAGUAUAUGCAUUACUUACAGUAAUAAACGUUGGUAUUAUCUAUGCAGACUUCAUAUUAAAUCUAAACAACCUGAAAGCAACACACUUGCAAUUCUGUUGUUGGAAGCAUCCCGAUAUCACUUUAAGUAAUUUGCUUAGAAGGUUCAGACUUCAACAAAUAUGAUUUUGCAGUAUCUCACACUGAUGAUCGUUGCCAGUGUGUACCUUUUAGAUGUUAAGAUAUUUGCAGUAGGAGAGGAAUGUAUAGAGUCCAACUUAACAGUAAAGGUUGUCCAAGGUUGUCCAAAAACAGCUGCAGGGUGGGCGACUGCAGCAUCAAAGAAAGGUUGUAGUCACAUAAUAAACAACUGCGGGUCAUUUGAGUACCACUGUGUGACUAAUGCAUGGCAGAAUGAAACAAUAGAAGUCUGUUCUAGAGUCAUAAAUAUUGUAGGAAACGUAUGCGCAGAAUACAGUUUUGGUGGCCGUAGAAUCCAGCGGAAUAAGAAUGCAAAGUGCAAAGCAUGUCCAGCUGUUUAUAAAUCAAAUGAGAGUUUCAAAUAUUCAGAAUGUUACAGCCAAGUAUAUCCACGCCGAGAGACAGUAAGACCUAUUUUUAUCAACACGUCGUCUAGCGUAUAUACGACAACUAAAGGUAUAACUACAACAUCGUCAACAUUGCUUGCCCAUAUCCAGGCAGUGCCGACGUCAGAGUUACAGCUCGCCUCUAACAUUAACGAUACGGACGCAGGAAAUCAAAAGCUGGAGUCAUUCCACGAAAAUGCGGUUUUUCUUGGUGUGAGCAUACCCGUAGCACUAGCAGUUUUCAUCCUUUUCCUGGUAUUAGUUGUAUACAAAGCUUGCAAAGAUAAGGAAUGUUCCUUGAAAGGUAUUUUUUCAUCCCUGUUCAAGACAAAAUACGAAUAUCAGACACCACGGCAUAUAGACAUCAAUGUCGAAGAUAAUGGAGGAAAACUUCAAGACGAGAGGUUUACGGAAGAACAUCCAUUGACAGUUGAUAUAGUCUGAGUGAUAUAGUAAAGGAUGUGUAUAUUGACUGAAUAAUGGGAUACCAAAUUUAACUGAUUAAUGGCAGUUUAAGAUUGACUGACUUGUGACAAAUUUAGAGUGACUGAUUAUUGGCAGGUUGAAAUUGGCAAUGAAGGACAAAUUGAAUGAUAAUGCAUCAUAUUAUAAAAGCAACGUUGAGCAUAGCAAGGCUGACUGAAAAUCAACAUAUGGAAAUUGACUGACUUAUGACAUCAUUAUACCUUAAGAAUGCCAAAUUGAUUUUGACAAUGAUAGGUUCGGAUUGACUGACUAAUUCCAGAUUGGCAUGGUUGACAAAUAUAAGUUUUUAUUGAGCGACUGAUUUCAAAUAGAGAUUGACCAGCUGAUGUUAGAUAGGUUUAGUUAUUGAGGAUAUAGAUAGACUGGCUGAUGUCAAAUAGAGUUUGAAUAACUGAUCUUAGACAGGUUUAGUGACUGAGGUUAGAGAUUUACUUACUGAUGUCAAAUAGAGAUUAACUAACUGAUGUAAGAUAGGGUUAGUGACUGGGGUUAGAUAUUGACUGACUGAUGUCAAAUAGAGAUAAACUAACUGAUGUUAGAUAGGUCAGUGACUGAGGUUAGAGAUUGACUGACUGAUGUCAAAUAGAGAUUAACUAACUGAUGUUAGAUAUGUUUAGUGACUGAGGUUAGAUAUCGACUGAAUGAUGUUAAAAAUAGAUUGGCAGAAUGUUGUUAGAUAUAGAUUGGCUGAGUGAUGUUAAAUAGAAAUUGACUGAAUAAUAUUAAAGAUUGCCUGAGUGACGUUGGAUAGAGAUUGACUGAGUGAUGCUAGAGAAAGCCUGACUGAUGUUAGAUGUAAUUUUUAAUGGAUGAUAGUAUACCAAUGGCUGGUUGAGAAUUUAACUGAUGGCAGCUAUAUUUCAUCUCAAUGCAUUUUUACUCUUUGCUUGUUUCCAAUUAUCCAUUUUAUUACUAUGUUCAUUUAUUUGCUCUUUGCCAUGAACCAAUGUACCAUGCCAAAUGUUGUUGAAAUAAAUGAAACGGAAAUUGAAA